AAAAAUACGACAUGGUAAAACGCACGGCGGGUUAGUCACGUCUCGUCGUCCGUCCCCGGGUACGCGCGUUCACGAAAAACCAAAGAUUCGGUCUCCGACAAUCCGAUUUUCGGUUUACGAAAUUAUAUCGAACGAAAUAUUAAUUGUAUUGUGUUCUAGAAUAGUUGAUUAUAAUUUAUUUUUUUUGGUGAUUUAAUUCGGUGUUCGUCGAUUUCGAUUUGGAAUAUUGAGAAGAGUUUUAUUACCGAAGUAUUCAUACGAAAAUCAAGGAAAUGAGGAAAGCUUCACUCGAGCUUUCAGAAACAUGCCCCAUCGAGACAAACUGACAUGGCGGCAGACAAAAGCUACUCCCGAAAUAAACAGCAUUUAAAGUUGCGGGCGCGCAUCCCGAGUGCGAGAUUUAAUUUUAGAACGGUGGCGGGAGGGAAACGGAUAUGGACGUCGGAUGCCGGGAUACGGAUCCUGCUUUUUAUUGUCUGCGUUGUCGGUUGUCAUGGUUACCAGGAACAGAGAUUCGCCAUGGAGCCGCAAGAUCAGAGUGCGAUAGUGGGAUCGCGAGUCACUCUGCCCUGUCGAGUGGAGAACAAGGCUGGGGCGCUUCAGUGGACGAAAGACGACUUCGGGCUCGGCACACACCGGAACCUGAGCGGUUAUGACAGAUACUCCAUGAUCGGAAGCGACGAGGAAGGAGAUUUCUCCCUCGAUAUACGAGACGUUACUUUAGAAGAUGACGGAAGGUACCAAUGCCAAGUUAGUGGCGGGCUAAAUGGAGAGCCGGCGAUCCGAUCGCGGUACGCAAAACUGACAGUCCUAGUAGCUCCUGAGCCUCCGAGGAUAAUUCAAGGUGCCUUCGUAGAAGCAACGGAAGGUCAAUCUCUUGAUAUCGAAUGCGAAUCCGUAGGUGGAAAACCGGCUGCCGAGAUAACUUGGCUGGACGGUAACCAAGCUGUGGUGAAGAAGAACGUGAAGAGUAAAUUGGAGUUGAUGGCAGAUGGACAAAGAUACAAAACAAGGUCGGUUUUGCGGUUGAACCCGAGCAAGGCGUACCACAACCAGACAUUCACCUGCCAAGCCCAGAACACAGCUGACAGAGCGCCGAGGAUGGCUACGAUACAUUUUGAGGUGAAAUACGUCCCGAAAGUGAAUAUAUCGUUCAGGUCUGGCGUGAUCGACGGUAAGAUACCGGAGGGUAAUGAAGCAAGGAUACGGUGUAGCUCCGAAUCGAAUCCUCCCCCCCGGGCCCACAGGUGGUACAUCAACAACAACCCGGUCAUAGGAGACUACACUGACGAGAUGAUUAUUUUCAACGUCACAAGGAAACAUAACAAGGCUGAAGUGAGAUGCGAAAUCAGCAAUACUGUGGGCACGAGCUCGGCAAAAGUUACACUGAACGUUGCAUAUCCUCCAAUUUUCCGCAAUCAUCUGCAUGACGUCGAGGCGGAUAUCGGCUCGAUUGUGACCCUUAGCUGUGACGUUGAUGGGCAGCCGAAGCCGGCGAUCAGGUGGCUUCUGAACGAGCCUGGCAGGAUCGGGCAGGUUAAAGGAAAAUCCCCGAACUUGGAGAUAGUUGUGAACAAAGAAACGGCAGGAAAAUAUAUCUGCAAAGCGAGUGUCACCGGAUACCCAGAAAUCGAGAGUGAAGCUACUGUUUUUAUUAAAGGAGCUCCAAAGAUAAUUUCGAAUAGGACUCAGAUAGGCGCGGAAGGGGAGACGGUUACAGUUGAAUGCCUGACAGAGUCUGUUCCCAAGCCAGACUUCAUCAAAUGGUUCUUCGAAGGUCGGGAGAUCAGUGUGAUACAGGAUCCGAAUUACGCGAUACUGCAAGAAUCAUUGCCCGAUGGACUAGUUAAAUCUAGUUUGGUGAUCAAGGCUAGCCAGUCAAGGCAUUUUGGACUUUACAACUGCAGCGUUACGAACGAAUACGGUAACGCAAACGCACCGAUAAUGUUGAAGCCUUUAAAGACCCUUCCACUGUACAUAAUCCUCAUCGGGGUUACGACCGGCAUCGUCGUCUUCUCCUCCUUCAUAAUUCUCCUCGUGGUCUGCCACAGGAGAAGAAGGAAGAAGAGUCAAAUGAACGAGAAGCCGGACGUGACCGUCGCGACCGGAGACGCGUACAAAGAGAGCGACAGGAGCUCUAACAUCAGCGACCUGAAGCUUCAGUUGCCGCAGAGCGACGCCAGCUACGACCUGGAUUACACGAGCUCUGAUCGCUCGGACACCAAGGCGCCGGUAGGGCUUCCCCUGGCUGGUCCGGUACCUCUACCUAACAUCAGACUAGACGACUUCAAUUACAACAAUGACUAUACUGACCCCGCUUACCACGACUAUGGUUAUAAGACUCCAGCCGGGUUCGUGUACGACUACCCGCACGGCUACUCGCCCCCGGCGCACCUGCACGUGCAUUCCCCCCCGCCGCACGCCAGGUCGCAACAGGGAUCUUUGACGCGCAGUAUAGACACGGCGUCGACUCUCCCAUUGUCAAACAGCAAUGGAUCGCAAAAUAAUACGUUGCAACGAACGAACAAGCCCGAGGAAAGCGACGCCAUCAACAAUUUAGGUCUACCCUCUGGUGGAGAGGCAGGUCCACAAACGCCAAUCUAUGCGCAACCGAACCCUAGACCGCAGACUGCAGUCGACCCGCGGUACUCGGCUACCUACGGUAAUCCAUACUUAAGGAAUAGUUCAAUAGGUUACGGGAAUCAGGUGCACACGGCGAAGCCCGCGGCCACGCCCGCACCGCCGCCAUACUCCGCCGUCAGGAAUUCCGCACCGACAGGUAAUGGCGGUCCCGCCCAGGCCACCCACGUGUAGGCGGAACGCUGCUCCCGGGAAAUACAAAUAUAUAAAGAAAAAAUGGGAAUAUAAACAUGGCGGACAACGUCAAGGGACACCAACGAAUCUUCGUACAGUGAAGAAUCGUGCUCGUGAAUUAUAAAUAUUCUCGUCAGUGAAUUCCCUUGGUCCAGCGGCUUCGCUAAGUCACGCCACUGGUGAUGCCCUAACGCCUCACGUCAGUUGCUGACCCUAGACUACAUGUCCCUUCAGGUCCACAGCGGUGGACCGGCGGACGGUGUCUUGACCCAGACACGCUCCAUUGAAUCACUUCGAAAGACUUGAUGCAUUAAAAACAAAAAUAACUAAAUUCCUGUUUAAGACCUCUAUAUUUUAAUUGUGAGAAUUAAAAACGACGAAAAAUAACAUCGUGUUAAAAUCAUUUUUAAUCACUGCUAUACUUCUAUAGCUAUACGUCGCUAUAUCUCCGCGGCUGCAGUGGACUGCUGACGCAAUCCUUGUUUUCGAUACAAUGCGAGGCGGCAAUGUAUAUUUGUUUUUAGUUAAUUAAUGUUUUAUUUGUGAGACAAUCGAGAUACGGCAGACGCUUUUGCUCAAUAAUACAUAUAAUCAAGCGACAAAGGUCAUAUCAAGUCGUAAAAGGCUAUUUGGUUUAAGCGAUAUUUUGGCGACUUUACUGAAGCUUUUGGACGUUUAAUUGGAAAAAAUUAUCACAGGAAAAAAACUUCAUCAGCUGUUUCAAUGGUAAACUUAAUUGAAGUUUAAUUAAAAACAUCGAACUGUUGAUGCUAAUACCAAAUAAAAUUGACCUUUAAUUACAAUUAGCGACCCGCCCUCGCUUCCCUUCGGAAACUGUAAUUUAUUAUUGAUUUCUCCUCUAUUUAAUGGAUGUUAUUAUACUUAUAAACCUUCCUCUACAAUCACUCUAUCUAUUAAAAAAAACCGCAUCAAAAUCCGUUGCGUAGUUUUAAAGAUUUAAGCAUACAUAGGGACAGACAGAUAUAGGGACAGAGAAAGCGACUUUGUUUUAUACUAUGUAGUGAAUAGUGAAGAUAUAUGUCGAUUAUUUAGCGAAAUGUGGCUUAAACCAAAUAGAAUUUCAUCCCUCGAUAUAGAAAUUGCAUUAAAGUAUUUGAGAGAUUGUUUGGCUAUUGUUGAAAUUUUUAAUAAAUAAAAAUAAAAGGCUAUAUCGAUUCCUCGUCGAAUGAAGAUGGUGCCUUGUUUCCGCGGGGGCCACAUCUAUAGUUCGUAGUUCGUAAAUUAUAUUCGACUCGACAUUUACGUGUCCACAUGUUAAGUGAAAAUAAAAGGACUGAUUUUUGUUUUGUUUUUUUUGUCUGAGAUAUUAAUUGAUUUUCUUAGAAUUCUAAGUCGGUGCAAGUUUUGCAAGUUACAAUAAUAAUAAUUAAUGCGGUUCAGUAUAUUAUAUAUAUAUUUUUUUAGAAUUGUAUGUUCUGUGAUAUAUCUGUACUGUGUUGAAAAACUAAUUGAAUAUAUUUACGUAAGAGCUGCUUACGUAAAUGUAAAUUUUUCAAAUGAAUUUUCAAAAUAAUAAUUCUAAUAUAAUUUUUUUAGCGAAAUAUAAUAACUGCAACGAAAUGUAUAGUUGUAAAUUGUAAAAAAAAUUAAUAAAAUUAUGAAUGCGUUUGAAUUUUUUUUUUAUGAAAUUUUAAUAAGCCAGUGUAAAUAAAUUCAAUGUGCCACUUGUUUUGUUUUUUUUUUACAUUUUUUUUUCUAUGCUACCCUUAUGUAAGAACUCUUUAAUUAGAUAGCAAAUAAUUAUUUUAUUUAGUACAAGGGCAUUAUUUGAUGUUACAAAUUUGUUUAAGGAAAAAAAAUAUAUAUUAAUAAUAAUGCAUGCGAACAGUGUUUUUUUUACUGCAUGCAAUAUACAUAUAUAUACAUAUAUUAUAAUGUUAUGUUCCGUAUAUUUGUCAAAAUAAAUGAUGAAACAAACAAA